AUGGCUAUCACGUGUGAUACGAGAGUGAAGGAAGGUGAGAAAUGCAGAGCAGAGGUUGGAGACGAGAGGGAAAUAACCGGUACGAUAAAGUUUCUUAAAGACAAGAAGAGGUCUUUUGGAAAACCGGGGUCUACCAUGUCACGUUCAGUGAUGAAGAAGACAUGUGAUAUAGGCAGGCAUCAUACUUCUAGGACACCACGUGACUGUGCUGAUGUUCAGGCAGAAGGGGCAACUAUCAGCGGUAUCUACCUCAUUCAUCCGCUAGGAGUGGAUAAUCCGUUUCAUGUCUACUGCGAUAUGGAGACCGAAGGCGGCGGCUGGACCAUGUUUCAACGGAGGCAGGACCCCUUGAACAGACCCAAUCCCGUAACCUUUGAUAGGAACACGACGUCUUACAAAGAGGGUUUUGGCAGUGUCGCCGGUGAUCAUUGGCUUGGCAAUGAGAAGCUCCAUCGUCUCACACUCCAAGGAACGUACAAACUACGGGUGGAUAUCACGCUUAUCCACACCGAGGAACCUAUAUACGCUGAAUAUGGCCAGUUCUCCAUCGGGAAUGAAAGUUCAAAAUAUUCACUGAGGAUCUCAAACCAUUCUGGUAGUGCAGAUGAUGAAAUGUCAUUUCUCUCUGGCCUGCCCUUCUUUAACCCCACCUGGACAGUCUACUGCCGAGGGGGUUGGUGGCGUGAUUUCCACUCUUGCACUCCGGCCUACUUUCCUAACGGUGUUCCGUCAGAUUGGCUCGAAGCACCGAACUAUUUUGGUUGGGCCCAUAAUCUCAUCGCACACUCAUCGGAGAUGAAAAUUCGUCCUGCUUAA